AUGUCUGUUGCUGCAAAGAGUGGAGCCAGGGUUUUAUUCAAAGGUGACACUGGUCUUUUCAAAAAUGCAUCAGCUGAUAGGAGGCCACUUAGAGGACCAUAUGAAGGUUUCGUUGCUCUAUCUGUAGUUGCGGUAGUUCCCACAAUUAGACAAGACAUGUUGGACCUUUCUAGAAUGACAGUUGGAACGGAUAUAACCAAAUUCAAUGACUUCUCUGCCGCUGGCUGUUCAACAUAUGAGUUUUUCCACAACAAAACUAGACCAAAAUUACUAGUUGGUGGUGCCGUUGGGCCAAUGCCAGUUGAGGCUCUAGAUGAAAGUCGUGAAUUUCUGACCAUUAUUAAUGAUAAGUCAAGAAAUGAUGUUGUGGCUCCAAUUGCUACUCGAUCAUUAGCUUUAGCCAGGUUGGUAUUUCAUAUUCAAUUGAUUCAACAAUUAUUGGAUAAGGCGAUUGAUACUGACGAAUCUGUUAUCUACAAUCAAAUCUACUUACUGGUUAGAGAAUUACUGAUAGCUACAGGUGGUAUAAGAAGACAUCGGUCCACUGCUGCCAAUGACAAAAAUAACACAACUGCAAUGGCUUCGGACGAUAUAACAAAGGUUAACUCGAAAAUGGAUAUUAAUCACAAUGACAUUGGCACAGUUUAUGGAGAAAAGGAUGGUGUCAAGGUCAAUGAAUUAAAUUCAAAGAGAUCUGCUGCUUUCUCUGAUUACUAUUUUUGA